AGAGUGAGAGUGAGAGAGGGGCUCGGUGUGUCCUAAGAAGUCCCCCGGCAGUCUAAGCCUAGAGCAGCUUAACUAAGGGCUGGUCCAGGCUAACCUGAGCCAGCCCUAACUAUAAGCAAUAUCAAAGAGGAACGUUUUAAGCUUUAUCUUAAAUGAACUGACCGAGUCUGCCCCCCGGAAUGAAAGUGGAAGCUGGUUCCACAAAAGAGGAGCUUGAUAACUGAAGCUCUGGCCCCCAUCCUACUUUGUAACGAGCUCUACUAGAAGCUACAUGUUGACUGGCCAAUCAGAAUGCAUCUCAGCACUGCUGCCAGCUGGGACCACGUGACGGCGGAAGGAAGCUAAUCACUUCCAUGACCUUCCUGUUUGAAAAGACUACAUUCUGCCUGGGUGUUUUUAAAAACAUUGUUGGACUUAUUUGACUAAUAUAAUGUGGAUAACUUCUAUGUAACAUCUUGACGUAACGCCGGAAGUGACCUGGGGACUUUGCUCACACUUCGAUUUGCAACAUAAACAAUCGUUGGCUGUCACGUGAGGAAGUUGAACCCACGUGGGUCUCCGAUUGGCGGGGCGGGGCGAGGGGGUUCCCGAUCGCUCAAUUCCUCCUGGUUCGGUCCCAGUGUGCGUUGUUGUUAACGUGUGUUUGUGUGUUUAGACAGUGGCUUGGUAGCUAGUUCGCUAACGCUAGCAGCCCCACGGCGCUGGGGACGGGAAUGAAGACGAGAAGCUUCGCUUUACUGAGAUGCUCCUCCUGACUUUGACUCCGCUCCGUGUCACCUGAUCGCAAGGGAACGGACAGAUGGGAGGGAUGUCCUUCUGUCCUUUCCCUGUAUAUCGACGUGGACCCGUGACAUGGAGACAGUGUCUGUAGUCCUCUGUCGUAGAUAGUGUCUCUGUCUGUCGCUACCUCAGUUUACCGGACUUACUUUAUGUUGCCCCGUUAAGGCGCGUCUUUUCCCGAGUGAUUUUUGCCUUCCAGUCACCAUGUCGGACCCGGAGAGGUCUCUGUCCGUCCUGAAGACAUUCAGCUACGCUGUGGGACAUGUCCUGAACGACCUGUGUGCCUCGAUGUGGUUCACAUACCUACUGGUGUUCUACCACUCGGUACUGGGAUUCCAAAACACAUAUGCAGGUGUGUUGCUGCUGGUGGGCCAGAUAGCGGACGGCGUGUGCACCCCCCUCAUUGGCUUCGAGUCGGACCGAACGCCGGGCUGCGGCAACUACGGCAAGAGGAAGACAUGGCACCUUGUUGGUACGCUGAGUGUGCUGCUGUCCUUCGCCUUCAUCUUCAACCAGUGUCCGGGCUGCGGCUCGGCCACCCCCCAGUGGGCGAGUCUGACCUACUUCAUCCCGUUCAUCGUCGUCUUUCAGUUUGGCUGGGCCGCCACGCAGAUCUCCCACCUGUCCCUCAUCCCAGAGCUGGUCACCUGUGAGCACGCUAAGGUGGAACUCACCGCGUACAGGUACGCGUUCACCGUCAUCGCCAACAUCACAGUGUACGCCGUGGCGUACCUGCUGUUCCACUUCCAGGCCGAACAUGACGACGACCCGCUGAGCGAUGCGCUCGGACCACAAGAUGUCCACGUCUUCAGGAAUCUGGCGCUGAUCGUGCUGGCCAUCGGUGCUCUCUUCUCCCUCCUCUUCCACCUGGGAAUCACAGAGAGGAGGCCUGGAGCCGAGGAGGAGGGGGGGGGGAGGAGGAGGAGGCGGAUGGAGGAGGAGGGGAAGGAGGAGGAUGAGGAGGAGGAGGAUGAGGAGGUGGAGGAGAGCGAGCCAAGGCGUGGCGUCUCUAAGACCUCGUCGUCUCUCCUGCAGUGGAGAUGCUGGCUGCAGCAGCCCUCGUUCUACCAGGUGGCUUUACUCUACAUGUGCACCAGGUUAAUGGUCAAUCUGUCUCAGACCUACAUCUCCAUGUACCUCAUCAACACUCUGGGGCUGCCCAAGAAGUUCAUCGCUACGAUCCCCCUGGUGAUGUACCUGAGUGGCUUCCUGUCCUCCUUCAUCAUGAAGCCCGUCAGCAAGCUCAUCGGAAAGUGUCUCACCUACUUCGUGGGCCUCCUGCUGAUUAUGGCCUUCUCCUACUGGGUGCUUCUGGAUGAAGACAUGGGCGAGCGGGUGUUCGGGGCCGCUGUGCUGCUGGGGGCGGGGUCAGCCACCAUCCUGGUCAUAUCACUCGCCAUGACCGCCGAGCUCAUCGGCGAGCAGACGCAGAGCGGUGCGUUCGUGUACGGAGCGAUGAGCUUCACCGAUAAAGUGGCCAACGGCGGCGCCGUGAUGAUCAUCCAGGCUCUGCAUCCUUGCCACACUGUGGUGUGCUGUCCAGACUGCGUAUGGUUCUACCAUUACAUCAUGGUCAUAGUGACGGGAGGCGUGGCCGUCGUCGCAGCGUUGGCGCUCUGCUCCAUCCUCAUCUGGCCAAUCAGGAUCCGACCUCGUCAUCUGCCACUCAUCUCUGAGGAUCAACCUACGCUCAACUAAGCCCCUCCCCCACCUUUUCGCUACAACUGCCCCCCCGGAGCACACUCGGCUGGACAUACAAAUGUGUUCCUCUUCAGAUUCCUCUUCAGCUUCCUCUCCUCCCCCGCAGGUCCUUGGCUCCGUGGUGGGAGCAGGCCAGUGUGCGCUCAGUUAGCUGGAGCACCGGCUCAUGGCUAAAAGGCCAUUUGAUUUUGUAGUUUGCCUCUGAAUGAACCAGCGUAGAGACGGAGGAGCAGUCUAAUCAGGGGGUGGGCAUGAGGACGACCACGUGGUGAUUCUGAGCCCAUCGUGUCGCUCUGCACUUCAUCAGUUCAUCACCAAACCCACAGUGAGGCAGCCGGGAUCUCUCCUGUGAGCAUCGGGGUUGGACAAUGGUGGGACAGGGGCUCAUGUCUCGGCUGAGGAGGACCACUGCUUCACAUCGGAGACACAAAGGGAACCAGAUGCAUUGUGGGCUGCAUUAAAGUGCUCACUCCGGACCGAGCCAACCGCUGCUGAUCCUCUGGAGGUCGAGUGCAGCAGCAGAAAUUCCAAUUAGUGUAUUUGGGACAAACUAGGAUGUGAUAUUUGUUUGAAUGGUUUUUCUUGUUUACAUCCUAAUGAUCAGACCAAAUGGAAUAAUUUAUUGUAAUCAAAACUUGAAUAGCAGAAUUGUAUUAAAUAUAAAAUCACUUUAAAGGGAUCCACUCUAAAAUGUGUCACUGAUAAGGGAGCUACGUUGGUGUGUCACUGCAGUGCCACCCUGUGAUCUUUGCUUUUAUUUGCUUUUUAUGUCUCUGUUGCACCACAAAGUGUCCUUUGGUUAACCAUUAAACCCAAAAUGUGU